GUGGUCGCGUAAAGUUAUACAUGUGUGUCGGUAGCUGUUGGUGACUUUUUCAAUUCUUCGUCACGGAAACCUGGUGAGUUUUGAUUUUCUAGCCGUUUCAGCGACCCAAUCAUUUAUUGGUCGUGUGAGUUACUCUCAAGAGGCAAUGAUUUUAAUUAAAAAAGCAGUUGUGAUGAUAUAUCAGUGAUCAACUAUAUUCAAAAUACCUGGUAAAUAGAAUGCCAUCGAUGCAGAGAAUUCACUAGUUCUCUUGCCUAAAUUAGUUUGUUGACGGCGACUUUUUGAUUUUGCACCUUUUCAGUAUUAAGAAAUGUCAACAAACGUAGAGAUAAAAGACGAAAGCUCCCUAAAAGGGGCGCUGCUGGAUGUCAGGAGCGACCUUUCUUCAACAAACUGGUAGGAAGAUAUUUGUUAGACCUAUCCAUUUACGGCACGCAAAUCGUGCACUUUCUUGCCCAAAUAUAAAUAAUAAUUUUAAUUUUUAGCGUGUAUAGAUCGUGGCUCGAUUCUUGAAUUUUUUUUAGCUUGGUUGUGUAUCAUUUCUGGGUGCGACUAAAGCGAAACAUUUGUGAAAUUUCCGCCUGCUCUUUCCUUCAAAUUUAAAUGACGUGAAAUAGAUUUCGUUGUAAGAAGAGUUGCGUUAGUUACAGUAUGUGCGUGACAUAGUAGUCUCUGCCUCAAAUCUUGAUCCCAAUGCACAUCUACUUUAAGCGUUGCUUUUCUUCACUGUUAUUACUUUGAAAACGACUUACACACGGUUUGUGGUAGAGGGAAAAAACAUUUAACCAUCACACUGAAAAUGAAAUAUAAUUCAUGAAUUAUGGGCACUGGUAACACACAUUUUAAGAUUAAAGAGGCUACAAAUGUAAUUUCGAAUGGAUGAGAAGUCCUUGUGGACAAUCAAACUGCACAAUUGGAAUUUGCAUGUUCUGAUACUGUUCGAAACAAAUUGCUACAAGUACAGUGUAGUCCAUGACUUUAUUUAUCUGGAAGAAGUCCUGUUUAGACUGAUUUUAAACAAUGAAUGAUGUUGAGAUUUCUAUACUGAUCACUUCAAUAUUAAUUACAUCCUUGAUACCGUACAAAUAAUGAUUAUUUAGAUAUAACUGUCGGCUGAAUUGGUGAUAAUUUAAAACAUCAGCUUAACCCUUUUUAGAGGACAUUACCCAAGACUUUCUAUUUAUCCAAUUAAUUGUAAUUUACAAACCAUGGUCUUGCGCUUUUUUCUGUUGUUCUUCAAUCUCUUGUCUUCCAAUUAUUAUUGCCUUUGCAACCCAAAUAAUUGACCACUAGCUGUAACUGUUAAAAUCCUUCUUUUCUUGAAGGAUGUUGGCUGGCCAUUGGGAAGGCAAUCCUAAUAUUAUCCACUUCAAAGCAAGUGGCAGUGGAGGUGCAAGUGAAAUGAUUGGGAAACUAGAAGAUGGUGAAGUCAUGUAUGGCCUUGGUAAGUAGUGAAUUGUUUUUGUUGAACGCUUCAGUUACUUGUAUCAGUUCAUUAGAAACUUAAAAACUUCCAAUGAAUGAACAACACUUUACUCAUUUUAAACCCAUCAGACUAUGUUUUUGCCUCAUGACAUAUUUGUGUACAUACAUGUGCAGCCUGUUACUUACUAAUGGUACAAUGUAGGUUGUCUUAAUUGAACUUUAAAUUUAUACUUCAAAUUGUAUCCAAAGUUUCUUUAUAAUGAGUCAGAGAAAUUUUCAAUUGACUAUCAAAAACGUAAAACAAAGUAAUCUUAGAGUGAAGAAAAAUAUUAGGAAUAGCCAAUGAGAACUCAAGUUAAGAACAAAAAAAGGUACCUCAAAUGUGGAAAAUGCAAAUAAUCAAUUGGUAUUUAGAUUAAGCUUAAUUUCUGUCUGAUUGGUUCUGAGAAUUCUAGGAAUUUUUUGGAUCUAUCCUGAAGCAGUUAAAUACUGAUUACUUUCAAAAUUUAGUUUAAAAAAUUCUGGGAUAAUCUAUUUUAGAAGCUAUUUAAUGCUACUAUAGUAUGUCUUAUAUUUUUUACAUUUUUACUUCCCUACAGUGCGGUUAGAAGAGUUGGUUGACAGCUAUGUGGAGAAAACUGUUAAAUUUGUAUACAUUCACUGGAUUGGAGAAAGUGUUCCGUUCACCAAAAAGGGCAAGUUUGGUGUAGUGCAUGGUAGUGUUGAGGUUCACUUUCAGGUACAUGAACAGUUUUAGGGGAUAUAAAGAUGAUAUAAUUGCAACUCUGUGUAUGAUUAGCUUUGUUGCCUUAUGUUAUAUAUCUUUAAGAGAUAUUUAUUAGUAUGAGAAGGUAAAUUGGUAUCCACACAGGAACAUGUACAUGGAGUACAAGUAUUGUUCUAUUUAUUAUAGUCUGAAGAAGAUUGAAUGAUCAUUCAGAUUGGUUCUAGUACAAGUAUUGUUCUAUUUAUUAUAGUCUGAAGAAGAUUGAAUGAUCAUUCAGAUUGGUUCUAGCUUUUGACAGACUAUUUUUGUAUAGCAGCUUUAUUUAGAGUAAAGUAAUUAGUUGUUUACUUGAAACUCUGUAGUAUGAACACUUUGUCUAAAAGCAUUGGGCUUGUGAAUUCUGCAGCCUUGUUGAUGUAUCAUUUUGUAUGUGAACAGUGCCUUCAACAUCUCAGCAGGAUUUUAUCUUUCUAACUAUGAAUAGCCCUUACAAAUUAGUAUGUGUGCCUUAAACAUCUAGCCAGGAUUUUAGCUUUCUGACUUUGAAAAGUUCUUACAAAUGCAAUGAAAUUAUUAGUAACAGUACAUGUCUUUUCAUUGUGUAGGCUGAGUCAUGUUUGUAAAACUGGUGAAACAUUUUGGGUUUAUUGAUACUGUAUGUAGUAUUCAUAUGACAGAAAUGAUUACAUCUGCAAAAAAAAAUCUUAAAUUCACAACAAAUCUCUAACACCAAUUGUACUAGUACUUAGGAUCCCUUUCUCAAGUUUACAAGUGGCAUACAUACAUUACAUGUGGCUGUGCUAUGUUGACAAGUCAAUACUCAAAGCUAGUACACUGUAUAUCACUGCACCUUCUUCCAUGUGACCUCAUCUUUUUGCAAGUUUACAUAUAACUGUAUAUAGAAAUGCCAAAUGUUGAUCUGUGUCCAUUUUUCUUUCCUCUCUUUUUCAACAGCCCAGUCAUUGUGUCAUAGAAACUGGACAGAGAGCAGACUUGAGUGAGGAAGAGAUGAUGAACGUUAUUUCAGAGACCAGGUGCUGCAUCUAUUUCACAGUGUGUAUGAUUAUUAUAAAUUGUCAAUACCUAAGAAUAACCAUAUUGUGCCUUUAUACUCGGUCUUUUUAUUCACUACAUAUGCUAAUGAGAUGCAAAAUAUCAUAUUGUGAUAACAACGCAGUGCCCAAUUUCUAUCAUUUGGCCCUAUGAGAUUAAUUUUUUAAUUUUUUGGACACCAAAUGGAUAAGUCAUAAUGUUUGGAAGUUAUUUAGUAAGAUGAGAUAGGAAAAGAGAUUUUCAGUGAUAAAUGAACAUCCUAUCCAAAAUGAGUGUAAUACUGGCCCAUUUUUUGUGUUGUGGAGCAAACAUUUCAAACAGUGGCUAUCCUCACCCAGCAGGAGUAUAAAUGCAUACUGGAAAAGGGCUUGAAAAACAUGGCAAAAUACUGGAGAUUAUUAAUAAUUGAGAUAGACCAGUAUCCCACCCUAAGACCACCAAAGGGGAGUAGACAUGCUUCAGAAACAGUAAUUAUGCAGGUUUAGACCUUUUGAACCAAGACAUGCAUAAAAACACAACCUUGGUGUAUGAACCAUGCAACACCUCACCCACAUACAUGUAUAUUAUCUUGAACUUUAGCUAACUAUUAUUACCAGCAUGAACACAUAUAACUUCCUCUUGCAAUACUAUUUAUUUAUAAAAUUUUCAAAUAAUAUUCUUUAACUGAUGGUUGCUAUGAUAUAAGCUACACAGUUAGAUGACACCAGAUUCUAUUAACUUAUUUCCAAAUUUUAAAUACAGCAGUCACAAGGGAAAACAACUCAUCAGACCUUGACAAUUAAAACUUGUUAAUAAUCCAUAUUUCUUUAAUAGUGGACGAACAAACAAAGUACUUGAAGCCUCAGCUGCUGCACAAAGACAAGUAAGUAAGAUGGGUUUAUUAUAGAGUUCCAUCUAAUAAAUGGAAAUGGAACACUGCUGAACAAAACUGCUUGCUGUAAAAAAGUGUGGAUGUGAGCUACCAAUAUUUCAGUUUCUCUGUUUCUAUUGGAAAAGUAAAUGCAGAUAUAAUUAUAUUCUUGUAAUCUUAAACAAAUGUUCUACAUUUUUUUGAUAUUCUGUAACCCACUUCAUCUGUAAGUCAGCAGACAUUUUUGAGAAAUUUGCAUAUUGAAAAAAUAUCUGUUCAUGAAUAUUGCUGCAAAUAGUUGGCAGAUAAUGGGGGGAAGUGGAACAUAGAUACCAGUACUUGCUUUUCUGUUACUGAUAUAUACAGAUCUAAUUUAAAGAUGGCAUAGGAAUGUCAGUUUGUUAAAGAGGUUACAGUGUAGUUGUUAAAUUCAUAAUAUUGGUAAUUUAAUGGCAAGUACAUGUAACACCAACAUCGUCCACCUCAGAUUCAACGAGACACUAACACUUCCACUUAUCACUUUCAAACGAGGUUGUACGUUAGAGUCACUUAUGUAGUUUAACGCAGACCUUGCUUUUCUUUUUAAACAGGAUCGAGGUUUUACCAGUAGUAGUAAUGUAAUCAAAACAGGAAAGGCUCAAAAUAGCUUUCAGACACCUGGUGCAGGUAAUUGUUUUUAAGUUGAGGCUACGCUAUUGUGUCACUUUAAUAACAUGUACUUUCACUUUUCUAAGAUACAACAGUGGAAGAAGUGAAAAUGUCCUUUUAUAUUUUUAUAUUUCUUGUUUGCCUGUGAAAACUCUGUACCCUCUCGUUUUUUCAUUUAUCUUUCCUCCUCUUUUUUUCUCCUUGUUUCUCCACUUUUCCUUUCCAUUGUUUUUUUUUCUGUGCUUAACGCUUGUGUUUUCUUUAAGUGGCUGUGAACAUUGAUGGAUCUUUGACUGAAGCGAUAGUUGAUGUACGAAGCGAUGAUAGAGCAGUUAACUGGUAAAGUGUUGAAUAUCAUAAAUUCUUUCUUUUUACGUCAUUAGUCAGAAAUGGCCGAAUAAAACGUUCUAUUUCAUAACUGAUGAAACUUUUGUCGAGAGUUCCACUCUGUUUGUAAAACUCUCAAUUACAAGUAUAAUGGUAGCUACAAAAUAGUUGAUACAGUCUAGGAAUUACAUUACUAAUUUCUAAACUAACUGUACCUUUGACCGGUUUUUCCGGGAGCUCAGUUUUUCCCGAAGCAGAGCAUGUGGAAGAGUAGCUGUGGUUGACACUGACAAAUAAAGUUUUAGUUAAGACCAAAGGCACUUCCGCUUACCAGUAUAAGCAUUCUAUAACCUGAUUUUACCUACCAAGGUUUCAAAAUCUAUAUCCCUUCUACUUGUUUUAGCAAGUACAUUGAAGGGAGUACAUUGUUAUCAUGCCUUCACAGCACGCCGGAGGUCCUUUUUUUUUUUUUUUUUUUUUUUUCUUUUUUUUUUAACUUAAGGCGAAUUUCCGCUAGCUUUUUACAAGGUAACUUAUUGCUUACCCCAAGUCAAACAUUUGGACUGGUGCUUCAAAUGGCGAUUAGAAGUUAAACUUGGGUCUAAAAUUUUGUCUGCUUUUGAAGUCGUGUGUAAGCGAGCAACAUUUGCGAUAAUGGCUGCGGUAUAUUUUUCUAUGUUGUACAACUUUACAUGUGGAUCAAUAGUUUUCAUUAGGGCGUACGUUUUAAGGAGUUUUACCUUAGCGUGACACAAAACUGAAGGAAAAACGUAUCCAAUUAAAACUGUCUGCAAAGCUACAAAAACUAAACAAAAAAUUGUUGGCUCACCUUCGGUCAGCUUAAUCGUGCUUUGAUUAACUGAACAGUAAAUUGCUUUUUCGUUUGACUUCUCUUCGCUAUUUUAUAUGUCCCUUUUUCUGAUCAGGUGUGUUGGUUCCUACGAAGAAAAAAAUCCCAAGAAACCCAUAGUUUUGAGUGGUAAAGGCACGGACGGGUUGGAAGGCAUCCUUCCGUUGUUGGAAAGCGAUGUUGUGGCCUAUGCUCUGCUUAGAGUGGUGAGUAAAAGUUUAAACCAUUUACACCAUUGCUGGAAGUCCUUGACCGCCACAAGACGUAGUUUAUGUAUUAAAUUGUCACUUGAUGUACUCAUCUCAUAUGUCUCGAGGCCUACUUUUCUGUCACCAGUAGGAUAUGACAAUUUCUAGAAGAAUUUGAUCGUCACCAACCUUUUUUCACCGUCUCUGGACGAUUUGGCUCAUUGCUUGAUGAUCUUGACCCUUUUGCUGAUGUUUUACUGAGAUUUCAUUUGUCCUGCAGAUGGAUGUUGUUGACGAAAUAAGCACCGUCAAAUUUGUGUUUAUUACGUGGGUUGGUGAAGGCGUCAAGCCAAUGACUAAAGGAAAAAUCAGUACACACAAAUCUACUGUGGAGAAGGCAUUCCAUGUAUCCUUUGUCACUAAUGGUGCGUUUGCCUUCGCUACCGCACAUUCAAAUCGUAAUCUUCCUUCUUAAACAAAUUAAAUGAAAGUAAACAAGAAGAAAAACAAAACAAAACAAAACAAAAAAGAAACCUAAACGUGUUUACAUCCUUGACAUCUCUCAAAUCCGAUCACAGGAUGAUUUGUUGUGAAUGUAUUGAUAUCAUUGCCAAAAAUAUGUACAUAAAGAACAACUGUAACCUUCUGAAAUAAUCAUCAUGUCAUCUGAAUUUUGGUGGCAGAGAGAAUGUAAACAAGUGAUCUGAAACCAUUGUUGAAAAAAAAAUCUCUAUUUCGUUCCUGAUCCCUUUAUACUAAAGGUAAUUGUGCGUAACGGAUUUUUUUUUUUUUUGGCGUGAUAUCAGCCACAGUGCUUGCAUAUCAUUUAAAUUUCCUUGACUAUAUUCGUUUCAGCCUGCACACGUGACCAUUUACGCAACAACAUCAGAAGACUUGUCGGAAAAGGUUAUCAUGUCCAAGGUUCAAAACGCAAGCGGCUCAAAGUCUCAUGUUAUGUAGUAUUAUUAAUUAUAGCGUCAGUACCGAAUUUCACGACUGUUGGUUCAGAUAAGCAAUUAUUAACUUUGAGUGAAUGAAGUUAGAAAGAUAUAGUACAAGUACAUCGUAGACUUGAACUCUUAUUAUGGUACAAGGGAGGGUGGGAGUGGAGGCUAGGGUUAUGUGCUCUCUUUUUUGGGAGUUAUGCUGAGUUUUAGUACUAAAAGAAUGACUUACUUUAAAUGGGCAGAGAUACUAGCGUUUUUAUUAUUUCGGGAUUUUACUCAAAAUUGUAAUUUUCCAAAAUGUGUGAGCAUGAGAUUUCUGGGUUGUAUCUACCUCCUUUUUUACCAUGCGUUGCACUUUGAAACUAUUGACAUUUUCUUUACUAUAGAAAAUUAACAUUAACAAAUUUUCUGGGCGGUAUUCUGGCAUUUCCGAGACUUAUGAUUGCAAAAACAUUAACCAAGAGAUCAGCUUAAAAACAUAUUUUUAUCAUCUUAUGUGUUGUUGUUGGUAUCUAUUGCUUAGAACGCUGAG